AUGUGGAGACGAACUUACCUGCUGCUCCUCCUGGUCCGCGUCUACUUCGCCUUCUCCCCCAGCUAUAUCCAUCCCGAUGAGAAUUUCCAGGGGCCCGAGGUUUUCGCUGGCCAAGUAUUCUCCUACCCAUCCCACCGAACUUGGGAGUUCACUUCGGACCAUCCCAUCCGCAGCGUCUUCCCACUAUGGAUCGUCUACGGCCUGCCCAUGACCCUCCUGAAGUGGUUGUGGGCUGAGGCCGGCACGGGGAGUACCCCUACAGACCUGAUAUACUACGUGCUUCGAGGCGGGAUGUUCCUCCUGAGCUUCGUGCUUGAGGACUGGGCUAUGCAUGAGCUCGUGUCGUCCCCGCGCCAUCGUCGCCAGGCCGUGGUACUGGUCGCAUCCUCCUAUGUUACCUGGACAUAUCAAUCGCAUACGUUUUCGAACUCGUUGGAGACUUUGCUCGUGGCCUGGGGCUUGGUUUUGAUACAGCGCAUUCUUGAGAAUAAGCAACACUCUUCGAUUUUCGCAUGCGCUAUCUUAUCCUUCGUGCUUGUUACGGGGGUUUUUAAUAGAAUCACUUUUCCAGCCUUUGUUUUGAUACCCGGACUUAAAUUGGUCCCCCAUUUCCUUAAUAAACCCCUUUCCCUCCUGGCAGUGAUAACAUUCGGUUUCAUAUCCUGUCUCAUCGCCAUAUCCAUCGACACAGCCUUCUACAGUGCAUCUCCAACAUCCCUCACCUCCAUCUUGCGCAAACCCAUCAUAACCCCCCUAAACAACCUCCUGUACAAUUCUACCACGUCAAAUCUCGCCAAUCACGGCCUGCACCCACGCUACACCCAUGUCCUCAUUAACCUCCCCCAGCUCCUCGGCCCCAUCUACCUCCUCCUCUUCUACUCCUUCAAAUCCCCAAGCACCUCCUAUUUCUCCCUCCGCAACCUCCGCGCCAUCUCCUCCCUGUCCGCCACUGCCAUCCUCUCCAUCUUCCCCCACCAAGAAUCCCGCUUCCUCAUCCCCUGUAUUCCCCUCCUACUAACCUGCUUCCACCCUCCCCGCUCCCGCCUCUUCCUUAUAUCAUGGGUCCUCUUCAACGCCGCCCUAGGCACGCUCAUGGGCAUCUAUCACCAGGGAGGCGUGAUACCAGUGCAGCUUCAAAUCCCCACCAUCCUCGCCAACUCCACAGCACCACCUCCCCAUUCCCUCGCGAGGAAUACAGGUAGCCCGCCAAUGCCCAACGGCACCGCAACGGUCUUCUGGUGGAAGACUUACUCUCCACCCACGUGGUUGCUAGGUGAUCUGAGCGUCAGCAACGCCACAGGCGUACCUCCCCUCUCCUUCUCCAACAUUUCUACCGUGGACCUGAUGGGCAUCCCGGGAUUGGAUAUGAUGCAGAGACUCGAGCAGGCAGUUCCCAAAUGCGAGCAGUGGCAUUCUUCACCUACGCAGAAACGAGAACAAGAACAUGCUCAGAACAGUAUUGGUACUCACAAAGUCGCCAUCAACUACGAUAAUCCGGUCCUCCUCGUUGCGCCAAAUUCUAAUACGUUUCUGGACAAAUAUGUCAAUAAUUACGGCUCUGGACAUGCAGAUACGACUACCGAUACAGCAACAGAUAGAAUUGCGGACCCGCAAUCUCUGCAAUUACUUCUCCUCUGGUCCCACGCGCGUCAUGUGAGUUUGGAUGAUAUGGACUUUGGCGAGGAUGGGGUAAUUGCGACGCUGAGGCGGGUGAUAGGGAGGAGGGGGUUGAAUGUUUGGCUUGUGGGGAGAGGGGUUUGUUUAGGGUGGAAUUGA